UGCAGUCGCUCGCGGAGCGCCGUCACGGGCGCCGCUUUUUACUUUCCGAAAAGUUUCCUCCGGAGUACAAUCCGACUCGGACGGAUAACCGACAAAGGACGCGGCAGCGCUGGCGGGCGGGCGAGCGCGUUCAAGAUGACGAUGGACGCUCGCGAUGCCGCCGCGCUUCUCCUGCUCGCGCUGGGAAUACUGGGAGCGAGCGGACAGUACGGAGACCGCGGGAUGUCGGUGCCCGAGCACGGCUUCUGUCAGCCCAUCACCAUCCCGCUGUGCACGGACAUCGCGUACAACGAGACCAUCAUGCCGAACCUGCUCGGGCACACGAACCAGGAGGACGCGGGGCUGGAGGUUCACCAGUUCUACCCGCUCGUCAAGGUGCAGUGCUCGCCGGACCUCAAGUUCUUUCUGUGCUCCAUGUACGCGCCCGUGUGCACGGUGAUGGAACAGGCGCUGCCGCCGUGCCGGUCUCUCUGCGAGCGCGCGCGUCAGGGCUGCGAGGCGCUGAUGAACAAAUUCGGCUUCCAGUGGCCGGACAGUCUGGCGUGCGAGUCGUUCCCGGUGCACGGCGGCGAGCUGUGCGUGGGCCAGAACACGUCCGAGCAGCCCGCGCACCCGACUCCCGACGCGACGCUCCCGACGCCCGACCACUUCGCGAGGGGGCACUUCAAAUGCCCCGCGUCCCUGAACGUGCCCCCGUACCUCAGCUACCGCUUUCUGGGCGAGGAGAACUGCGCCGCGCCGUGCGAGCCCAAGAAGCACCACGGGAUGAUGUACUUCAGCGAGGACGAGCAGAGGUUCGCGCGCAUCUGGAUCGGCAUCUGGUCGGUGUUGUGUUGCGCGUCCACUCUCUUCACCGUCCUGACCUAUCUGGUGGACAUGAAGCGCUUCAGUUACCCGGAGAGACCCAUCGUGUUCCUCUCGGGGUGCUACACCAUGGUGUCCGUCGCCUACAUCGCCGGGUUUCUCCUGGAGGACAAAGUGGCGUGCAACGAAAAGUUCGACAACGACUUCCGGACGGUGGUCCAGGGCACCAAGAAAGAGGGCUGCACCAUCCUCUUCAUGAUGCUGUACUUCUUCAGCAUGGCCAGCUCCAUCUGGUGGGUGAUCCUCGCGCUCACCUGGUUCCUCGCCGCCGGGAUGAAAUGGGGUCACGAGGCCAUCGAAGCCAACUCGCAGUACUUCCACCUGGCGGCUUGGGCAGUGCCCGCCAUCAAGACCAUCGCCGUCCUGGCUGUGGGUCAGGUGGACGGGGACGUCCUCAGCGGCGUGUGCUUCGUGGGCAUCAACAGCGUGGACGCGCUGCGUGGCUUCGUGCUGGCGCCGCUCUUCGUGUAUCUCUUCAUCGGCACGUCGUUCCUCCUGGCGGGCUUCGUGUCGCUCUUCCGCAUCCGGACCAUCAUGAAACACGACGGCACCAAGACGGAGAAGCUGGAGAAGCUGAUGGUGCGCAUCGGCAUCUUCAGCGUCCUGUACACGGUGCCGGCCACCGUCGUGAUCGCCUGCUAUUUUUACGAGCAGGCCUUUCGGGACCAGUGGGAGCAGACGUGGACCGUGCAGUCGUGCAAGACGUACGCGGUGCCGUGUCCCACGCACAACCCUCACAUGAGCCCGGACUUCACGGUGUUCAUGAUCAAGUAUCUGAUGACCCUGAUCGUGGGCAUCACCUCCGGCUUCUGGAUCUGGUCCGGCAAGACGCUGAACUCGUGGAGAAAGUUUUACUCCAGACUGGCCAACAGCAAACAGGGAGAGACCACCGUGUGACCGAGCGCUUUUCUAAGACUCUCUUGAGAUGUACAGUCAAUAAAAGCGCUUGUUUUCUACCUUUGUAUUUAAAUCUCACUUGGAUAUCAAUCGCUCCUCUUGUUUUUUACUCAAAGGAACUUUUUAUCCGCUGCGUUAUGUUGAUUAUUUAUACCUCCACCACAACGGGACAAAUUUCUUUAUUGGAAUAUUUUCGGUCUCGUGUGUCGUGCUUUUUUAAAGCUUGCAUGUAAAACUUUAUGACAGUCGGGGAAAUAUUCCAAGUUUAUGCUGUGUGCUGGUGAUUUAUUGAACUGUUGGAAUAUUUUAUGGAAACUUUCAUUUGGAAAAGGAGUUAAAACACACAACCGUAAGUACUCACGGUUGAAAAAAAACAUAAGUGCCUUCUUUCUUUUGGAACGAGAGUUGGAGCACACAUGUAUCUGCGGUGGUGUCUGCACUUCUUUCUAACUCAAAUGAAUAACACAUUUGUUUCUGAACGCCUCGUGUUCUUUCUUGGUUUAAACUACUGCACAGCAUUGACUCUGAAAGUACAGCUAGAAAACAGAACGGAUGGGUUACUGUUCAUUUAAUGUUGGUCAUGAGAAUGUGACCUUCACCGAACAGUAGUUUCACAGAAUCACGGCCCUGUGAGUGAUGGAGCGAUUCAUUGACAUAAGAACAUAAAUAAAGGGGUAUUUGGCUUUUGAGCUCAUCUCUUAAAAAAUCCUAAAUCAUGGUUUUACUAAAGUAAAAGUCUAGUGGACAUUUAUGUUUUGGCAGAUUGAUUGUCAAUAUAUCUGGGCUUUUACUACAGAUAUCAUGGUUAAACUAUGGUAAGUCCAUUGUAUGUGGUUACUAUGGUAAAUGAAUGAAGUCAUAAAGCAAAAUAAAAAUAGUUGUUUUUGAAUAUUUCCAGUCAUGUUAAAGUGAAUGAUGUGAACAUGAAGGGAAUAUCAUGAUGAUGAUGAUGAUGUCAUAGAUGGGUCGCCCUGAAUCAGGGUUUCCUCGCAUUUCAUCAAGGGUUUUUUACAGAACACUGGUGAUUGUCUAUGGUAAACAUCUCUGGUACAAAUGCAAAUGAAUGUUUUUGUUUCUUUCUGUGUUAAAGUACAUGUGCCUGUGUUUCAAAUCCUGUGUUCUUCUCAAAUGCUUCACGCAUGAAUUUAAAAAAGCAUUUAAUCUCACGACGAGCAUUGAAGUCUAUAUUAAAAAUGUCUACGAGUCUGUUUGUUAUUUCUGCUUGUAAUACUCUAAAAAAGCCCUUUAUAUUUAUAGACAAUAGUUUAUAUAUUCACUUCUCUACAGAAUAAAGCUCACAUUUCUACAAAAUGA